GUGAAAGCCGAGGACUAAUGUAAGUCUGGAGUGUAGGAAUCUGUCGGUAACAUUUGUGUUCAGCGGUGGUGUUUUCUGGUGUAGAAAAUGGACACGUUAAAUAAACUGAAGCAGUUUGACGCUUAUCCCAAAACUCUGGAGGAUUUCCGAGUGAAGACGUGGGGAGGAGCGACCGUCACCAUCAUCAGCGGUGUCAUCAUGUUAAUUCUGUUCGUCUCUGAGCUGCAGUACUAUCUCACUAAAGAGGUUCACCCUGAGCUGUACGUCGACACGUCGCGGGGAGACAAACUGAAAAUCAACAUCGACGUCAUUUUUCCUCACAUGCCCUGCGCCUAUCUCAGUAUAGAUGCGAUGGACGUGGCCGGUGAGCAACAGUUGGACGUUGAACACAAUCUGUUCAAACAGCGGCUGGACAAAGACCUCAAACCUGUCACCCAAGAGGCCGAUAAACAUGAUAUCACUGGAAAACAUGGCAAGAAACAACUUGGUAAAGCUGACGAUGGUGAAGUGUUUGACCCCAGUACACUGGACCCAAACAGAUGUGAGAGCUGCUAUGGAGCUGAGACUGAAGACCUCAAAUGCUGUAACACUUGUGAUGAUGUGCGAGAGGCGUACCGGCGGCGAGGCUGGGCGUUCAAGAACGCCGACACCAUCGAGCAGUGUAAGAGGGAGGGCUUCACACAGAAGAUGCAGGAGCAGAAGAAUGAAGGCUGUCAGGUUUACGGCUUCUUGGAGGUCAAUAAGGUGGCAGGAAAUUUCCACUUCGCUCCAGGAAAAAGUUUCCAGCAGUCUCAUGUCCACGUGCACGCUGUGGAAAUUCAUGACCUGCAGAGUUUCGGCUUAGACAACAUAAACAUGACCCAUCUGAUAAAGCACCUGUCGUUUGGUAAAGAUUACCCCGGCAUCGUUAACCCUCUGGACGAGACAGAUGUCACAGCGCCACAAGCAUCAAUGAUGUACCAGUACUUUGUGAAAAUUGUUCCCACCAUAUAUGUGAAAACUGAUGGAGAGGUAGUAAAAACAAACCAGUUCUCAGUCACCAGGCAUGAGAAAGUGGCCAACGGACUUAUAGGAGACCAGGGCCUGCCAGGCGUGUUUGUUUUAUAUGAGCUGUCACCCAUGAUGGUUAAAUUCACAGAGAAACACAGAUCAUUCACACACUUCUUAACAGGAGUUUGUGCCAUUAUUGGAGGUGUAUUUACAGUGGCCGGUCUGAUCGAUUCGCUCAUUUACCACUCAGCUCGGGUUAUUCAGAAGAAGAUCGAGCUGGGCAAGGCGUCCUAACAGUGCCCCCUGCUGGCUUCCACGGUGCAACACAGACCAAGACACGGACACGGAGAUAGAAAGAAAAGGGACAGACAAACGGACAGGAGUAGAAGUUUGGAAACAGAAUCAAGCAGUUUGUUUUCCUUCAGUCUUUCUGUCAGAUUGAGUGAAAGAAAUACAGAGAGAUGUUUUGAAUCAGCCAAGUUUUUAAUUCCUCUGUCUCUCUUUUCGUUGUGACAAAGCACUGGAGAGGAACUUGUGGGCUUUUUCUGAAUUUUGCUCUCCACUGUUAAAUUCGUUGCCAACAGGACAGAGUCAGAAUCAGACACUGACCAGAGACUGAACUCCAGCAGAGACGAGGACACCAGGCUCCAGAAGUUCCUUCAUGGGGAAUAGGAACUUCCCUCCCUCCCUCCUGUUUAUGACCUGCUUCAGCGCCGUUCAGUGCUCUAAACACUACACUGAAUGCUCGUCAGAGGAUCUAUGCUCGAGCGUUUGUUCCAGAGGGGUGAGGAUGAGAGGGCAAUGAGACAUUUUAAAGGAAUUUGUCACCCACAUGUUUAAUUUUCCCAUCAGUUACUGACCCCAUGUAAACCUGGACUGCUUGAUUGGACUCGCCUUUCUUAAUGCAGCAUCACAGAAAUGUUUUCUAAUGAGUACAAGAAAAUUACAUUGUGAUAUCAAUGUAACAGAUGUAUUGAGAUCACAGAGUGAUUGGUUUGGCUGUAGGUUUAAUGAUGUCUGAUGAUAUAUUUCAUACUUUUCUUUUUUUUCAGCAAAUCCCAUGAAAAAAAACAGUAUUCUAAUGAUCCAAAGCCUGAUAUAUUUAAUUCAUCUGGGCCACAUAGUGAGCCACACUGUUGCACUGGGUGAGCACACACACUGGAUUUUAUUUUGACUCAAUCCCACACACACUACUGUGCUGCUUGAAAUGCUCACUAGAGCACCAAAAAGUAGUCACCAACAAAUAUACUAUUUUGUCGUUGUUUGAGUAACGUUUGCUAAAAAACUACAGUGACCAGCUGUUUAAGGGGAAAAAUCCUGAGCCACCUUUAAAGAUCUGUGGUUCAGUAGGAACAAGUGAGCUUGGGUCUUGGAGAGCCAUAGACAUGAUGGAGACGUCAGAAAGUAGAGCGAAGGACUAACGCAUUGUUGGUUCUGGUCUUUUCAUGGGAUUUAUUGACACUAAGAACAAUACAGAGUAUUGUCUGCCUUCUAGUUCUCUCCACACGCACACUGUCUGUUUUUUAGACAAAUCAGGAAUUUAGUGUUUAAGUGUUUAAAUGUAUUAACCUUAAAUAAAAUUCCACUCCUUCAGAUAAACCCACGUUCAAUGCCAAGCAGGAUCUGAAAGGAGUAUUAGAAUACCAGUUUGCCAAACAAGUCACUUGUUUUGAUAUUGUUGAAAUCUCGCUCUAAUCGCUCUGUUCUCUGUGAAUGUGAGAAAGAAGUCAUCCGGUACUUCAGGCAUCAAGUUGUGAGUAGUUGUAACGAAACAUUUUGGGUGACAAGUUCCCUUAAUGACUUGCUGUAUUCAAAAUGCGUGAGACCAGUUGAUUUUCAUUUGAAACAACUAAAACGAUAGCACUUUGCAGGCAUAUUUUUUAGCCCUCGCUUGUUUUAAAGCUACUAUGUGUAGGAUUUUGUAAGUUGAGACAAUCCCAAUGGAGGUUGGUGCAGCCUGGUUUGCGUUGGAUCUGUGGGUGGUGGUGCAUGUUAGUCUAUCCUGAUAAUCGAACAGAAUUUUGUUUACGUCAUUAUUGACGUGUUCCUGUCUGAUCCAGGAUCCAAGUCCAGCUGGUCAACACAAACUUAUGCAGAUCGUACACAUAGUAGCUUUAAAAAGAAGUUGCUUUUAAGACUAAAUAAAUGACUAAAUGACUUGAACCAUGAA